AUGUAUUAGGAACGCUUCAGGAACCUAUGGAAAACCUCAGAGAGAAGAGUCCUGAGGCACCCAAGCAAACUAUGGAGGACAUUGAAAAGCAAUGUCCUGAAGCAUCUAGAAAGGAUGAGAGCGAAUGGAUAAAAGCCCCCACCUGUAACCUCCAAGAGGCAGGGCCUGAAACAGACCGCCUAAGUAUGCCGGAGUGGGCUGAAGCAUCCAGUAAAGCCAUCCAGGACAUCCAAGGGCAAAGUCGCAAAGCAACAAAACCAAAUGCUCAGCAGGAGGCGCUUGCAGUGCCAGAAUGGCUUCAAGAAGCCAUGGAGAAGCCUCCAGAAGCAUGCAGACAGGAAGGUCCUGAAACAACCCAGCUCAUUGUUCCGGAAUGGCCGAAAGGUCUGAAAAACGAAGAAGCAAAAGAGAAAAUGAAGCAAAAGGUCAAAGAAUCCAUGAGAAGCGUCGUACAGGAAGGCAAUGAAGCAUCUAGAGAAAAUAUGCAAAAAUGGCUUCAACAAUCCAUUAAGGACUUCAUGGAAAGGGGUCCUGAAGAUUCCAGUGAGGGUUUGCAGGAAUGGCUUGAAUCAUCCAUGAAAAAAAUUGACGAGCUAUAUCCUGAAGAAUCAAGAGAGGAUAUGAAGGAGUGGUUUAAAGCAUCCAUAAGAAACUUGCAAGAUCUAGGGCCUGAAGUGUCCCAUCUAGAUAUACAAGAAUGGCUUGAAGCAUCCAUGAAAAACAUCCAAGAAAUUCCUGAAGCACCCAUGAAGGGUAUCCAGAAGAAAAGUCCUGAAGCAGACACGGAAAGCAUCCGGAAGAAAGGUCCUGAGGCAUCCAGUAAGAGGGUGCAGAAACCAUUCACAGAAAACCAACAGAAAUCCAUGCUGAAUGUGGGGAAGUGGCUUCAGUCAAACUUAAUAAGCCGCAUACAAGAAAGUUCCGAAACAUCCAUAGAGAAUGUGCAGGACUGGAUUGAAGAAUCCUUAAGAAACGUUGAAGAUGAGUUGCCUGAAGCGUCCAGACAGGAUGUGACAGAGUGGCUUGAGGAAACCAGAAAAGGGCUCCAAGAAGGAGGUCCUGAAGCAUCCAAGCAGGACCUGAACGAAUUCCUAAAAGCAUCCAUUCUGAACCUCAAAGAGGACAUUCCUCCAGCAACUGCCAAAAGUGUGCAGCAGUGGCUUGAUGAAUCGAUAGCAAAUGUCCAAAGGGGAGCCUCCAGACUAGGGGUUCAAAAGUGGCUUGAACAAAACCUGAAAACCAUGGAAGAGGAAGGAGCUGAUAUGUCCAGACAGGACCUACAGCAAUGGUUUGAAACGGCCAUAGGAAACCUGGGUGAAACAUGUCCUGAAGCAUCAAGACAUGAUGUGAAAGGAUGGCUUGAGGCAGCCAUGAUGAAUGUUCAAGAGCAAGGUCCUGAAGCAUCUAAGGUGAAUGUGUACGAAUGGCUUGCAGAAUCUGCACAGAAUUUUAAAGAGGGAACUUCUGAAGAAAGUAUAGUAAAUGUGGAGGGGUGGGCUGAAUCGGCGAUACAGAGUCUCAGAGAGGAAGCCUCCAAUCUGAAUACUCAAGAAUGGCUUGCAGAAUCCCUAGCGUACCUCAAAGAAGACCCAGAAGCAUCCCGGCAAAAUAUUAAGCAAUGGCUUGAAGAAUCCAAAACACGCCUCAAUGAGGUAUGUGCUGAAGAAGCUAGAGUGGAUGUGGAGAAAUGGCUUAGAGAAGUCACAGACAGUUACCAGGAGGCAGGACCCGAAGCAUUCAAAGGGAACCUGCAGGGAUUCAUAAGAUCAUCAAUGUCAAACCUCAAACAGGAAAGUAUUGCAGCAUCUAGAGCAAGCAACAGGGAUUGGACUGGCAUAACCAGAUAUACUCCAAACACCAAGAAUUCUGUACCGAAAAUAAAACGCAAUGUAUCCAGAAUGAGAAUGUAUUCGAUGCCUCUUCUGCCAACCAAAUCAGUGCUAGGUCAAAUAGUUGAGGAAAGCGAAGGAAGCAAAUCGACCUUCGAGGAGGACAGAACAAGUUGGAAGGGAGGAAGAAACUUGGAGAGAGAGAAAAUCUGGGAGGGAGGAAGAAACUUGGAGAGUGAGAAAAUCUGGGAGGGAGGAAGAAACUUGGAGAGUGAGAAAAUCUGGGACGGAGAAACAAGCUUUGAGGAAGAAGAAACAAGCUUUGAGGAGGAAGAAACAAGCUUUGAGGAUGAAUACCCAGAAGGGCCUGAAGGAAUUAUUUCGCGAGGAAAACAGUUUUUAAUGACCCUGCUAUGCAACAUCAUCUGCUGGUACAGAGAACACCCGGGAAUAUUGUCCAAGAUCAUCCCUGGCACCAUCAUGGCAUUUAUUAUCUUUCUCUAUAUACACUUCAAAUAUUACUGUGCAAUAACCAACAUUAAACCUGUCUAAGUUUACCAGUAUAGUAA